AUGCCCCAAUCAUCGCCAAACACCCUCGUCCUCCCCGUCGCCGGCAUGACGUGCGCCGCCUGCGUGUACCACGUGGGCGAGGCGUUGCGUUCCGUGGACGGCGUGACCGAGGUCAGCGUCAACCUCGCCACCGAGCGCGCCACCAUCAGCCUGGGUGACGCUGAUGUCGCCGGCGCCCCGGAUAUGGAGACGCUGGCCAAAGCCGUAGCCGACGCCGGCUACCGCCUCGACACCAACCCGCAGACAGCCGACGGUGAUCGGGGCGCCGGGCCUCGGGCGCAGGAAGAACAACGCCUCAGGAUCCGCUUGAUCGUGGCGGCGCUGGGUGGCGGCGCGCUGCUGCUCGGCAGUUUCCCGGCGCUGCCCUGGACGCCCGGGUUGCUGACCCUGUGGUGGUAUCCGCUGUUGCUUUGGGCGGCGGCAACCCCGGUGCAGCUCUGGGCCGGCUGGUCGUUCUACACCGCGGGCGUCGUGGUGGUGCUGACGACGCUGCUCGCCCCGGGCGCACUGGGUUCUACGGGAGCGCAUCAGUUGCACUUCGAUAUGGCGGCCAUUAUCGUCGCGCUGAUCCUGUUGGGGCGUUGGCUGGAGGCCCGCGCCCUGUCCCGCACUUCGGGCGCUAUCGAGCGGCUGUUGGAUCUGCGGCCGCAAACGGCGCACCUGAUGGCGGCGGACGGCUCCAUAUCCGACGUGCCGGUUGACCACGUCGAGCCGGGCGACACCCUGGCCGUGCGUCCCGGCGAGCAGCUACCGGUCGACGGUGAGGUCGCCAGCGGCGCCACCAACGUCGAUCAGUCGGCCCUGACCGGUGAAAGCAUGCCGGCCGAGAAAUCCGCCGGCGAUCCCGUGUUCGCCGGUACCCUGAACGGAAACGGGGCGAUCCUUAUGCGCGCGACCCGCGUCGGCCUGGACACGACGCUGUCGCAGGUGAUCCGCCUGGUGGAAGAGGCCCAGGGCUCGGCGGCCCCGGUGCAGCGUUUGGCCGACCGGGUCGCGGCCUGGUUUGUGCCGGCGGUGGGACUGAUCGCGCUGGCGGCGGCGAUAUUUUGUGGCUGUUCCUCGGGCCCGACCCGUCGGUGCGGUACGCGAUGCUAA